AUGACCGUAGCAGAGCCAGAUUCGCCUAGCGACACGUUCUUCAACGACCUCAGCCAGUCGUACGAUUACCAGAAUGCCGACUCGGGACCUCCGAACGGGCGGACUAGAAGUACAGAGAACGUCAGAGAGGGGGACGGAGCUUCCAAGAUCAAGCGCAUAGCAUGCGUGCUGUGUCGGAAACGGAAGCUCAAAUGCGACGGCAACAGGCCCACGUGCGGGACAUGCAAGAGGCUAUCACACGAUUGCGCUUACGAUGAAGUGCGGAGGAAGAGUGGGCCUAAACGGGGAUAUGUAAAGGCACUGGAAGCUCGACUGCACCAGGUCGAAACGCUCCUCAAAACGCAAGAUUCGACUGCCGAGCCAGCCAACAACGGACGCGACGCCGUUAACCAGACCUUCCCGAUGGGCGCGCUCCCUCAGCACAUACGAGGGGCUGGCGCGGAAGCGUCGAACGCGAACCUUAUGAACGACGACGACGUUGCUCAAAUGUUCGACACGAGCAAUCUUACACCCCCCGACUCGUUUCCGAUGCUGCAGAACAAUAGCUUGGGGGACGCAGCUACUUCGAAUGAGGAGCAAUUCUCGUGGGAGAUGAUAGGGCUGGGGUUGGACGAGCCGUUGCCGAAUCAAGACGUUAUCAACGAACUACAUCAGAUAUUCUUCGACAAGCUACACCCAUCUGUAUCCAUGAUACACAAGCCGCGAUACUUGGCUGCAAUGAAUCUUGCCCCUCAUAUGCGGCCUCCAGUCUGCCUGCGCUAUAUAAUGUGGUGUUGGGCGGCAUCCGUGACAGAAAAGUACGACGCGCUCCAGGAGCACUUCUACAUGCGAGCACGCAAAUACGCGCAAAUGGACGAGAUGAAGGGCCACGGCGAGGCUACAAUCACGCUUGCGCACACACAAGCAUGGGCCCUGAUUGCGAGCUACGAAUUCAAGCUCAUGUACUUCCCAAGAGCAUGGUUGAGCGUCGGUCGAGCCGUGAGGCUAUCACAGAUGAUGCAGCUGCACCGCAUGGAUGGAGUAGGACUGGACGUCAAGCAAUGCCUACAACCUCCCCGAGACUGGACAGAACGGGAAGAAAGGAGGAGAACGUUUUGGAUGUGCUUCUGCAUAGACCGAUAUGCGAGCAUCGGUACGGGAUGGCCUAUGACGAUUGAUGAGAGAGAUAUCUUGAGCAAUCUCCCAGCUACGGAUGACGCCUUUGACAGGAGCAGGCCCAUGACGAGUAUAACGCUUGAGGAAGCCCUGAGCCCUUCAGGCGCGGCGUCGCUAAGCCCUUUCGCCGGAGUUGCGGUCAUGGCAUGUCUUUUCGGACGGAACCUUACGCAUUUACAUCGACCUUCGCCGAACGACAAUGACGCAGAUCUCAACGGCGAAUACUGGAGACGGCACCGAGCCAUGGAGAACUACUUACUCAAUACCGCCAUGGCCUUGCCCGAUCAGUUACGUUUACCUGCAAAUCUUUCCAACGCGAACGUGGUCUUCCUCAACAUGUGCAUCCACACAUCCGCAAUAUGUCUGCACCAGGCUGCUAUCUUCAAAGCCGACAAGUUCAAUCUACCACCAAACAUAGCCACAGAAAGCAAAAUAAGAUGCGUAACAGCUGCCGCUGAGAUUGCAAGCAUCAUGCGCAUGAUCUGUCAUUUGGACCUCUCCACUAUGAGUCCCUUCAUCUCUUUUAGCGUCUAUGUCGCAGCACGCGUCUUCGUGCAGUAUCUCCGGACCAAACCAAAAGACCAGAAUAUCAGCUCGUCUCUGCAGUUCCUCCUCCAAGCCAUGCAGGCCCUCAAGCGCAAAAACCCCCUCACGGAAUCGUUCCUCGCUCAGCUUGACCUCGAUCUUCAAAGUGCUGGUUUACCACCUUCUCAGCCUCGAAACGAGUUUUAUCAGCCAGGAGCAGCGCCCGAGAUCCCACGCAACACCGACUCUGUAGGCUGCGUCGCGCUCUACGAGAUUCGCGAGUCGCAGCUACCGCCACAGCAACGGACUCGGCCAACCUUCGGCGACCACGGCCUCAGCGCCCAUACGAACCCAAAUCGAAGUCCGGAGGGCGAAUCACCCGGGCCCCCCUUUCAUGUCGCGCAAUCGGUCAGUCUGGACGUUCCACCCGCACCGCCCUUCGGCUACGAUCCCCGGCAAGACUCCCGCAAGCCUGUAUCGAACUUCGGAUUCUUACCGCAAAGCGGGACUGUGAUACCACAGGUCGGCGUCGACGCCCGAGUGCACACCUUGGCGGACCAGCUGCUGAACACCAACUCUGGAGGUGACACGGACAUGGACGCCUCGCCCGAUGUCAGCGGCGACCAAGCCACGCCGUCUGCAAGCUCGCGCCACGGAUCCUCAGCAACGAACUCGUACACGUCGCCGCAGGAGCACAGUGCUCGCCACGCGUCGUCGCCGCCUCAAAACACCAACCGUCCGGGCUUCGGCAGCACGGGAGGGGCCAGCCAGCCGUUCUUUUCCAACGUGCCAGUGGCCGACGACUUUGCGGCUAUGGCGGCCGGGUUUCCGGACCCGCCCGAGGCUUUCCCGUGGGAUAUUGGUGGUGGCGGCACGGGGUUCUCGCCGCUGCCGGAUGGGAGCUGGGAUCAGGUGCUUGGGGAUAUUGGGGGCUCGUGGAAUGGGCUGCUUGCGCAGACUGGUGAUGGGUAUAUGGGGAAACGGACUUGA